AUGAAAUAUCGAUAUAUUAUUUCCUGAACUUUACUGUCAAACAUGGUGUGUAAAAAACUGUCAACAAAAUCCUAAAUUUGAAUCGAACUUUAUAAUACAUUACGUUUUCAAUCGACAGCAAUGUGGGAUGAGCAGGAGCCUCGUUCAGCCACAUUCAUGUGGCAGAAAAAGCUUGAAAAACAAGGACUGAAAAAUCUCUCCCGAAAAGAAUUGGAAAUUUUGCAGCGAAAAAAGCAGCAGGAAAAUGUAAUUGAAUUGGAAAAACUGAAAAAGCGUCGCCUCGAACGGGAGCAUCAACAGCAGCAGCGAGAAGAUGAUAUGUAUUUAAUGCAACGAUCGAAAGAAGCGGCCCAGUUUGACGAAUGGCAGCGACAGGAAGAAAACUUUCAUCUCGAGCAAGCAAAAUUGCGGAGUAAAAUUCGUAUCCAAGAUGGUAGGGCAAAACCGAUAGACUUGUUGGCCCAAUACAUUUCGGAACAAAACCUGGAGGAAUCGAUAGAGAUGCAAAUGCACGAACCGUAUACAUAUUUGAAUGGACUGGCAUUAGACGAUUUGGAAGAUUUAUUAGCGGAUAUAAAAGUAUAUAAUGAUUUAGAAAAAAGUCAAAAUGCAGACUAUUGGAAUGAUUUAACAAUCAUUGUCGAAGACGAGUUGCAAAAGCUGCGUAAAGUAGAAGCUGAGAAGCAACGAAUGGCUACUGGAAGAAGGGAAGGAAUCCAUCAAAGUGUAGCCAAAGAUGUAACACAAAUUUUCAAAGGCAAGAGCUCCUCCCAGUUGGAGGAACUAAAAAAGAAAAUAGAAGACAAAAUAAACAGUCAGCAGGAUGGCCUUGAUAUCGGAUAUUGGGAGAGUUUAUUAUCACAGCUGAAGGCUCAUAUGGCACGGGCAAGGCUAAGAGAUCGGCAUCAAGAAAACCUUAAGCAUAAAUUAGAAUUGCUCAAGAAGGAGCAGGAGAUGGCCGUAAAAAAGGAAGCAGAUGUCAAUCCGGAAGCCGGACCUAGCAGAGUAGGAGAAUCGGGAACAACAUCCAUUGAUCCCACAGACGAUACUUCCAAAGACAGCGAAAGUCAAUCGGAAUCGGAUCAAGCAAAGGAUGAAGAUAACUUCGAAACUAAUCUCCUUAGCGAGUGCUUUGAAUUGUACAAAAAAGGGGACUAUGAGCCAAAAUACAUUUCGGAGAAAGAUCUUGAACCAGGUAUCGCAAUAAUUUCCGAAGCCAAAGAUGAAGAUGAUUUAGAUCAACUGCGACAAAAAGUCCUUGGAAUAAAUCAAGAAGAGGAAGUAUUUUCGAAGCACGAAUUAUUACUUCGAAAAGAAGCGAAACGCGGCAUGAAUGAAGAUGAAGCGGAAUUUUCAGUGGAAUCGCGUGUUGACUCGCAAAUCUACCUGUGGUCUGACAAGUACCGCCCUCGAAAGCCUCGUUAUUUCAAUCGAGUGCACACCGGUUUUGAGUGGAACAAAUACAAUCAAACCCACUACGACAUGGAUAAUCCGCCCCCUAAAAUUGUUCAAGGAUACAAAUUUAACAUAUUCUAUCCAGACUUGAUCAACAAAAGUACUACACCACAGUAUUUUCUUACACCGUGCGCGGAUAAUGCAGACUUCGCGACGCUACGUUUUCAUGCUGGUCCACCGUACGAAGAUAUCGCUUUCAAGAUCGUCAACCGUGAGUGGGAGUUUAGUUAUAAGCGAGGAUUCCGCUGCCAGUUCCACAAUAACAUUUUCCAGCUUUGGUUCCAUUUUAAACGUUAUCGCUACCGGCGAUGAAGUUUACAUUUUUGUUUGGUUGGUGUUAGCGUUAAGAUAUUUUUUUUACAAUAGGAUCUAAUAUAUAGCGCUGAAAUAAAUUUAUUUCUAAACAAAACUCAUGUCCCUA